GCCCGAAACCUGCCAAAGCUCAAAACAUCAUUGCCCUUUUCUCACGAUGGUCGUGCGGUUGUGCGCGUUGUUUUGUGGUGUGUGUAUGCUGCUCUGGACUUGAUAAGUGAACAUGUGACGCGCGACAUGCCAUAAGUGUGUAAAGCCAAGCAAUGCUGCUGGGAGGCGGUGUGAGGAUGCGGCCAACCAAGAAGCUGCUGUUUGUGCUGACCCUGUCGGGUGCUGCACUGACGCUGCUCUCCUACCUGGCCCGCUGCAGCACACGCAGUCCCCUCAGUGCAGCCGAGCCGCUUCUCAUGCAGGCAAACACCAGCGGUGGCAUCAGCUUGGGAGCCAGGGGUAAGGCACACCUAGCACAGGAAAUCAAGUGUGUCAUCAAUGACGACUAUGCUGUGCCCUGUCGGAAGGAAGGACCAGAAGUGUACGUGCCCUUCAGCUUCGUGCGCAAGUACUUUGAGGUGUAUGGCAAGAUUGCCUACCGGGACGGCAAGGAGGUGCUUGACUGGCAACACAGCUAUUCCAAGGUUAUGGCACCGACCGCCCCGUACCACACGGCUGGGCCUUUUCUCUGGUUCGAGAACUACAACGUGGCCGUCCGUGACCGGGUCAAAUGCAUCAGUGGAAUGGAAGGUGUACCCAUCUCAACGCAGUGGGACUCCAAGGGCCAUUUCUACCCUGUACAGAUUGCACAGUUUGGGUUGAGCCACUUCAGCAAGAACUUGACGGAGCCACCGCCAUCCGUGGCUCUUCUCGAGAAUGGCGUGCGCAGCCAGCAUGGCUCCUGGGUUGCCUCCUCUAGGCUGAAGGCAAGCUACUCGAGGCUCCGUGAUGACGAAACUGAGGGGCAUGUCUUCGAGUUUCGAACCAGUGGCACAGCCCAGGACCAAGGAGUGGCCUUUGCACUCAAGCAAGAGUGCUACAAUCUCACCCUGUUGGUUGACCUUAGGGUCAUUCUCAAUGGCAGCCUCAGUGUAGUCCUCACUGCCGGCAGCACCGACAAGCCAUCCCUGUAUGGCGUCCACUACAUCAUGACCGACACUCACCUAGCCGUGGAUGACCACGACGUCUAUUAUGGGAUCGGCACACAGCGCUCCUGGAUGCACCUGACUCGAGACUUGGCCGUUGACCUGGUCAAAGGGCUCAGCUUUGGGCAACGAAAGAUGGCCACUCGGCCUCGCAACCUUCGUGUUCACAGCAUUGUUCUCAGGGGCUAUGGCCUCGUCGACAACCUCACUCUGACCACCAGUGCACAUGAGGCCCACUUCUUUGAUUCGGCUGAGUGGCUUGUGCGACACCAAGAUGACACGGGUGGUUGGCCGAUUCAGGUGACACGCCGCCUCUCCAACGGCAUGCUGGAGCUAGAACCUGGCUGGUAUUCAGCUAUGGCCCAAGGCCAGGCCAUGUCGGUGCUGACACGUGCCUACUUGACAACGGGGCAGAGGCGAUAUCUGGACACUGCCCUGCGUGCCACAGCGCCAUUCAAAGUGCGUGCCGAGACCCACGGGGUCAUGACGACUUUCCUCGGCAAGUUUGUGUGGUACGAAGAGUACCCCACUGUACCCAGUUCGUUUGUGUUGAAUGGCUUUAUAUACUCGCUCUUCGGGCUCUAUGAUGUCAAGUCAACUUGUGGGGAUGGGGCGGGUUUAUUGGAGCAGUGUAGGGACGCGGAAAAGCUUUUCCUUGAUGGGAUGGUUUCAUUGAAGCGAAUGCUGCCACUGUUUGACACUGGCUCGGGAACAGCCUACGACCUGAGACACUUUUCGCUGGGCAUCGCGCCAAAUCUCGCUCGUUGGGACUAUCAUACAACGCACAUCAACCAGUUGCUCUACUUGGCGACCAUAGAUGAUGAUCCCAUCUUCAAGACUACAGCCGAUAGGUGGAUUCAGUACAUGAAAGGCUUUAGGGCACCACAUAACUGAACGGGUGUGACAACGAUCCUGCCACGAGUGUGAACUUGACAGGUCUUCGAGGAGCACCUGCAAUUAGUUUUACAUUGCUGAUAGUCAUGGUCAGUUGCCUUGACUCUGGCUAAAGAAACUUAGGCCGAUGUUUAACAGAAUCGAAUGUGAGCAAAGCAAUGGUCAUGGUUUCCACAUAAUUUCUGAUCCUGCGAAGAUAAGGAUUUGAAAUGUGAUAUCAUGGAAAUCGACACUGCCUUUCGAUGGAUGUCAUACAGAUGUUGUCAACUAUCAUCGGAAUGUUGUCAAGAGUAGUUCAGCAUCAUUCAUGCAGGCUUUCUUAUAUAGUGAAUUCCACUGGUCAUUCUGGAGGAGCUACCUGAAUCAUUCAGUAAGCACACUGAUCAAUCUCUUAUUUUCAAGUUAAAAUCUGCAAGUGGAGCACAAGAAGCUCUGCGCUGCCUCAAAUUGGCAGCUGUCACACAACCAUUAUCCCCCUCCCCCCUUUUUUUUAAACUAUAUUACGUGUCAACAUCAAGAGGGAGCAAUCCGUCUUGGAGUGAGUUGAUCUGAAAUGACCAGUGGAAAAUGCAAUCCUACUUGUAAUUAAGCAAAAAGAAUAGCUUCGCUAUGCAGCAAAAAAAAAAAAUUGUGCUCUAGAUUGACCACUGGAAUUCAUCUUUCAUUACAAAUUGACUGGACAUACAGCACGAGAACAGCACUCAUUUGCUUUAUGCUAAAACAGAAUGUUGUUGGCUGCCUUCCAUUAUAUUGUGUGAUGCAUUUGUUGGUUUGGGUGAACUGUGGUUGAAUAGUUGAGGAAUGGUUAGUGCUGGCAAAAGUAACAGUAGCUCAUGCUGCUCGUGAUUUGUGUAAGGCAUCUGUUCUUCAAGGAAGUUAUCCUUGUUGGGAAAUUGCUAUUGGGAAAAGUGUGCGAAAAGAAAUUUUGUUCACUUUUUUAUUAGCUUUCUUGCUGCUCGGCCUGCAGUAAUAGAAAUUUUUCACACUUCGGUUGCUCGAUCCAAAAGCAUCCUGAAGCAAGCAAAUAAUAAUUAGCAAUAGUAGUUAUGGUAUUGAUGUACGGGAGACACUGAUUAUUUGUAGAAACAUGCACAAGUUAGACAUGGCAGUUUCGACUCACUAUUUGACUCACUCUUUGACACUGGCUCGGGAACAGCCGACUACCUGAGACACUUUUCGCAUAUUAGCGCAUAUUUUUUUUUUCUUUUUUGUGCAUUGUGUGCAUUCGUCAUUCAAAGCAUACGGAUCACAAGCCCUAAUUCAUGCCUUAGUGUAAGCCCAACGGCAGUGUUCUUAAAUAAGUUGUACUCACCUUAAAUGAAAGUGUUCUCUCUCACUUUUUGACUAUGUUAUACAAGCCAUAAGGCUCUUGAAACAGUUUGAAGUUUCUUUGUCAAGUUUCCUCAUCCUUAGUUUUUACGAUAUUACAUUGCCUUCCUGCAAUGUAAAAGCUUUGCGAAUACACUAGAGCAAUGCCAAACACAUCUCUGGGAAGCCUUAGUAUGUUUCAGUGCAUGCACGCCGUGUCAAUCUUGUCAUAUUACAAUAAGGUAAUCUGCAAUCAGAAGUGUGAGUGUUCCAAAAGCUUUAUUACCUUGGCUUUACUAAACCAUCAUUAGAAAUUAACCUAGUAAAAUGUCUUUGUGGAAUGUACUCAGUUCAGCUGAACCAGUUCAUCAGCCAUAUAUAGAUUUAGGUAUAUCUGACGAGGAAGACACGGAUUGUGGUCAUUUUGUUGGAAUGUGAGCAGAAUGUUGUUCCAAUGUUCCUGGAUUGAGCAUUAGCGCAUUCCUGCAUGUGUCAGAUUGCAAAUUUGAAGAAUUUUCCGGUGCAUUUUUAUAUAGUACUUUGCCCCAGCCAAGCGCCAUUCACUAUUCGACUCACUAGUGGCUAUUUCACACUUGUCAUUAGUGAGAGUAAUCACCAAGGUAUGCUCUCGCCACGAAGUGUCCACAUGGGUUCUAGUGUGUGUAUAUAUACAUAUGUACAUGUCUCAAACGUGCACUCGAAGCGUAGUUUGGUGAUCAUGUGGGCACAAUGAAAUGCCAUUGUCUUUCAUCAUUGUACUACUGGCCUCGAGGCUGUUGCUAUAGCAAUUGAUGCAAGAUUGUUUGAUGGCCAGCAGUCAUGGCAGGAUGGGAAGAAGACGGCUGAGGUUAUAAGCCUAAAGACGGGAAUUGGCCACUGUAGAUAUUUAAAUCUCUUUAAUGCUUGUUGCCUUCUUCAUUUUCUUUUCUGCAGCAUAUAUUUAAAGCAUUGUAAUGGAGAGAAUCAAAGCUGCAAAAGUUCACGAGGAUUGGGACAAGGCAGUUUUACUCGCUGGCAAGAGAAGAUUGGUCGCACACAAUGAAAAUAUUUAGCAAGCACGUCCAUCAGGAGCCUAAUGCAACAAGACAGGUUGAUUGUUUCUAUUACAAUAAGUGCUGCAUGAACUCAAAUGCCUAGUUGGUCGUCUUAUAAAUUUUGUUUUAUGGACAGACUGAAUAUUUAUUGUCUUGUGUUAUUGUUAGUGCAAGCUCUUAUAUACCAGCUUUUGUGUAGGGAUGAUGGAAUGCCUUGGCUAACCUACAUUCUCUUAAAGAGCCCCCUCACCAGGUUUAACCGUUGGAAACACAAAAGUGCGAUGCAUAGACUAAGCGUCGACAAUUGUGUCUGCAAGGUAAUAUACAACGUUGUCCGCCACAAAUACAGCUGAAAAUUGAAAUGGUAGCCUGCGCACCUUUACUUUGAGUAUGCCUCACUUCCCGGCAAAGGGGUGUCACAUUAAUAGGAAGUGGGACUUGUGAUAACGUAACAUAGUCCUUCAGCUCUGAUAUGGGAGAAGGCAGGAAAGGAAUAUUGCUUGUGAAUGCUAGUUGUGGCUAAGGGAGAGAGUCUUUGUGCUGGCAGUGCAAUUUCAAUUCUCGGCAGCAUGUCAUCGUGAUAUUUCAAUUUCUCCUAUCUCUUCUAAUAGUGAGCCAAUUUGAAAAAUUGCAAUGCUCCCUAGAUGCCAGUUUACAACUCCCAUUGUACAAGCAAAAUUUAUUUAGUGCCUGGUAAAGGGUUCUUUAAGAGCUAGAGGCGGUCAGAGACGAUCAUUUAGAUCAUCUGCUUGUAAUAGCUUAAAUAAAUUUGCGCGUAAUAUUAUCAUCUUUGGCAAUUCAGGAUGCUUUGAUAACAGCGUGCUUUCAUUUAACCAUGUCACUGUCGUGAUUGUGGCGACCAUAGCUCAGUGAAACUGGAGCUUUGAGCUUCGCUCUUUAUAGAGAGAACUUACAUCUUGGUAUAUGUCAUGCAUGCCGCCCAAGUGGCAUGAUGCCAGCUUGGCACUUGAAAGGCACUUCAUAUGGCUAAUGCCUUGAUGCAUUUUCAUUGAUGGACUUGCUAGUGCAUCAGUGCCUUGAUGCACUAGACCUUUACGUUUGAAUCUUGGAAGGCGCAGCUGCAGUUGCUCAUAACGGUUCAUGAUGUCUUCAGUGGCCAUUAACUGUCAUGCUUGUCUUCACCUUAUGCUGACAGUACUAACAUGCAAGGUGGCAUCAGCAUCUUGCAUGAAUGCUUUGCAAGAGCCAGUCCUACUGCCGUGUUAUUUAUUUAUUCAUUGUUGCUUACAGGUUGUUACUCCUGACGUGGUGUUCUUAUAGAAGUGGGGCUUGUGCACUAGGCACAGCACUGCAGUGCGGUAAAGUUGAACAGGGCUGUUCAUUUCUCGUGCACUAGCUACAUCAGACAAAGGCAUCAUUGUCAUAAUUUGUAGAAGACUUCAUGAAGGGCCACCUUUCAUGGCCAAUAACUAAUCCAUUCUCUGUGCAACAUUCUGAUACUGCAAUAUUUAUGCUGUUUUGCUUAUCAGCCAGAAAAGGAAUCUGUUGCCACCUUUGGUAAUAGAGGGGGCCUGAAACGUUUUUUGACAAAGGGAACAUUGUGCUCUCAGUUGGUUUUGAAUUACUUGUGCUGAAAUAGAUAGAUAGAUAGAUAGAUAGAUAAAGAACUUUAUUGAGGUCCUGAAGGAUUCCGCCCCUAUUUUAUAGGGGGAGGAUCGCGGGCCGCUCCCACGUAGGGACGGGGAGGCCUAGCCUCACCGCCGUGUCGUGGAAAGAUAGAAAAAAAAUCUUGAGGUAAUCUCUGCUACAAAAUAAUGGGUCGUAAAGAAAAUAUAAAGUAUCUGUUCUAUGUACCAAGCACUGGGCAGUAUUUUGCUCAUUCGUAGAGUACGCACAAAUACAUCUUUUUUUUUUUUCUCUCUCUCCAGUUUACACCCUCAUCACCUAUGAAACUUAGUCUUCCUCAUCCCCAUUGCCAAUUUACAUUGCGGCCAUUAUGAAUUUGUCAAAAGCAGCAUGUCACAUGCAUGACACAGCACAAAGAGGAGCCCAUUGUCUUGUAUGUAGAAUGCGUCGUGAACUUGCAGCUUGCUGCUGCAAAGACCCCAUGGCCCCUUGUUUAGCUUAAUUUUCCUGGCUCUGCUUUCCUUGCCAUGUCCUGUUGAUGAGGGGCUUCAUUGAAGGCUUCGCAAUCGGUUGUCUGAUUUGUGACAAGUUUCACCCACUGUCCAAGCCAGUACAAUUGGCAAUGUGCUCUGCUUGUUGUUAUCAUGAGAAAUUGUCCACAGUGAGCUUCUGGCAUAAAGCAGUGCACUGGGCUUCCUCGCACCUCUCUCAGGCCCAAGGAUGUUUUUUUGUUGUUUUUUUUCCACACUGUGUAACAUAGUUGCAUGUCUCCAGUGGUGCAGUCACCAACUUUGCCGAUCAUUCCUACCUUGCAUUUCUUUCUCUUCCGUGCUUUGGCUCAUUCCUUGAUGAACUGCUGACUCCAUUCGAUUCGCCAAGAUGUAUGUGGUGCUUCUGUGGAAACUAUUGCCUUCCGUCGUAUGUGUACCUGUUAUUGUAAUGAAAGCUGUUCAUGUUUCAUCAUGAGGCGGCAGAAAGCUAUCUCUAGACUAUACAUCCAUGGCUAUAGAUUUAGCAGAGGCAGUUUGGAAUCCAUAGACAAGCGUCGACAGCACAUGGAAACUAGCUCUUUGUGGAAACCAUCUGGUUGCGUGGAGUGCUGAUGCGGCCUUAAAACUAAGAAACUGCACUUGUCUUUUUAAAUUGAAUGAGUCAGCUACUUCAUCGAAUGCUUUGCAGGCAGCUUAUGAUGUUCACUGUUGAAUUGGUUUUGUAGUGAGACUUGCAGGAGCGGUACACCUGCAAAAUUAUGUGGACAUUGAUGGUCAUGGAUCUUGUUAUAGAUUGUGCUGUGUAGUUAAUCACACAUGCAAUGGCUCAUCAAUGUAUGUAAUGCUCUGUACAAGUUUCGUCCUUGGUUACAUUGUCAUUAGGUUAAAAGGUAAUGUAUGAUUCUUCAAUAUCAGUGUGAGUGAGAAGCAUUGAAACCUCUCUCACACCCCACUCUAUGCAACCAAUAGACAAAACACAUAAGCUCAGCUUGUGUUGGAAGGCCCUCUUUAGAAAAACAAAAUUAAAACAAGGAAAUAUGUAUUGUACAGUCCAACAUUUUGCUUUAGGAGAAACAACCUUCUUUUUAACCUCUGAAGCUUUGUUAUGGGGAGAAAGAAACAGUGUUGGUAGAGACAGCCUACAACGUAGAACAUUGCUCACACAUUUUUUAUGGGACCAUGAAAGAAGCACGUCUUUCAAAAUCUUGAUAUGCGCUUAUGUGAAAGAUGACAGGUUCUUAAUUUGAUUAAGCCAAGAUUUAAUUGACAGAAAUGCUGUUUUUGACAGCAAAGCAGUGUCACAUAUGCUUGUGCUGGCAACGAGGUGAUGGUACAGCUGACUUAGGAAUGAACUCUCCCACUACUUCAGUUUGUUUAAUAACCAAGCUGUUAAAUCACAUGCUUCUUGGACAUUUCAGCUGUGGCAAGGCAGGUACCCGUUGAUGAAAUAAAACACUUCGCAAAAAAGGGACUAAAACUUAAUAUUCUGGGGGCCGUACGGGUCCUUUGUUCACAAUUGACAAAAGCAAUGCUUGUUAGAUGAGUUUCUGUCAAACUCUUAAUUAUUAUUUGGGAGGUACCUAUUGCAAUGGCUGAGUGGCAAUACCAUUCUGCUUAGCAUGAGGUCACUGGUUCAAUUCAUGGCUGUGGUGGCCACAUUUUGAUUACGGCAGAAUGCAAAGAUACUCUUAGAGGUACUGCACCCUAGGUGCGGUAGUACCUUGGGCGCAACACGUCCAGUAACUUCAGGUAAUGAAAAAUAAUCUUGGGCCCUCCAUUACGACACCUCUCACAGCCUCAGUAGCUGUUGUGUUGCUUUGGGACAUGAAUCCCCACAAAUCAAUCAUAGCAGCAUGAUAGAUUGUUUAAAUGCACGAACAUGCAAAACAGGAUUCAAUUUUGGGUGGACCCACACAUGCAACAGUAAGACUGGUAAUUCCGGCAAAAUGUUUAACGUCAAGAGAAGGGGGGCUGCAACUGAGGUACUGGUCAACAUGUAUUUCUUUGGGAGUUGUAUCAUUUUCAGUGUGUGCCAUCUGGCAGAAGUGAGAAACAAAAUGUGUGUAUAACAUUAUAAUCGCAUCACUUAGGUGUUGAGUGCAUUGUUAGCCCUGGCAGCAGGGGUAAAACUUCGGCAAAUGCCUGCUGGUGUAAGUAGACAUUGCACUAGAUGGUGUGUUGCACAAGAAUCAAAGUAUCGCUACAAAGAGAUCAUUAGAGAGUACAGCUACCGCUGAAUGCCUGUCAGCUACGUUCUGCUGUAUUCAGGCUUUCGGGCCAUAUAAAUCAAUGCGAAAGCUUCCUUGAUGUUGCCAUGCUUGAAAUGAGCAGCCCUUGUAUGAAUGCCCUAUACAUGCCGACCUGCUGAUUUUGCUUCCAGUGUCAGCAGCUCCUCUCCAACUCCUUGCUCGUAUAUUUCACGUUUUUGAUGAGAGGAGAGCACAGUCUUCCAGGGGUGCGCGUGCAGGUCGGUUUUAUGCGCAUACAGCAAGAUGUAGUAACCUCUGAAGUUGGCAUCUGAGUGGUGCAUUUAAAGGCCUCCAUGCAUGUGUGUGUGUGUGUGUCUCAAAGUUAAUGCCCUUCAUUACAUGGUUUUUAUUUUGUACUUUAUUGUGCGCAGUUGGGUCUGCAUGCUUGCUGUGCAUUCAUGCUAUAUCAAAGUGUGUCUGUGUGUCCUUGUUUUGUCAGCAGAUAAUCGAUUUUGUAGCUACCAGGGGCGAAGUUAGUAUAUAUGCACUCAUGUCAAUGUCUUAGGGAAAAUAGAGAACAUGCGUCAGUGGUAGUCACAUGUUAUCUUGCUUGCAUCAUUUUUGAGAUGCACUAAAGUACGCUGUGUUUGAAGGGAGCACAGCUGCUCAGCCAUUUUGCAUUCCAGCCAUUAGGGCACACCUUGAAUCUAAGCUGUUGCAAGCAUUAAAAUAGGAACCAUGAUCUGCCAACAUUUCUGUAGUACCUCGAGCAGCAUGUGUAAGUAAAAUUAGCACGACCAAGCUUGGUUAGAUAUCAUUACAUGUUGUAUAAAUUCACAAUUCAUAAAUAGUUCUGUUGUUGAAGGAGCACACUUUAAAUGCAACAAUGACUGCAUUAGAAACCUGUCUUUCCCUCACUCUUAAAUGGCUUACGUGAUUUCUGGUGACAGGUUCUUUAAAGUUAGCAUAUAACUCUAUCUGGAGGACAUCGAAAAAACUGCAUUGCUGUCAUGUUAGUCUGCCAGAAAUCUUAAGCAUUUAGAUUUCUUGUAACAUAACCAGUUAUGCUAGUUUGGUUUCGUCAAUGUGAGGCAAUGCUUCUUUCAAUUUCAAUCUUUUAAUGUCAGGUAUAACAACUCCUGAGCUGUGUUCGAUAAAUGCACACAUGUUCCUUUUUUUGCCAAGUCUGCAGCCUUGUUGUAUCAUGAUGACACCAACACUAUGUUUGCUGCAUGCUGUAUAGCAGAGGCUUCAAGCUUACCGCCUGCAUGCGUUUCUUUUUCCUUUGAAGAUGUUUCUCCAGGAGCGAUUUCCUGCUGUAAGUCCUUUUGUAUCUCCAGCUGCAUUCAAUGUAAGGGACAUCUGGCUGGUGGCAAACUCAAAAAUCUUAGGCACAGUGACAUCCGACAGCUGGCUUUACUACACAUUUUUUUCGGACAUUAAUUGAGCUUGAAUCUACUGCUGUACAGCUUGCCUAAACAAAAAUGUCUGUUUGCCUUACAAGCCUUCAUUUUUCAUGGCACUUUUUUUUUUUUCUCUUGCUAUCAAGAGAUGGUCUAGGUUCUAUCCGAAAAGAGAGGGGAGAAGAGGAGGAAACGUUGCCGAUUUAUGGUUAGGGUCAAGUAUUCGCAUUCUAUUUUCUGAAAAUUUUGCCCAACUUUUUUAAAAUUCUGCAUGGAAAGACAAUUCACGGUGCUGUGCUGCUGAGAUUUAGGUCGUGGGUUCUAUCCUGGCCACGGAAGCCGCACUUCAAUUGGGCCCGAGGGAAAUUCAAAAACACCCGUGCACACUGAAAAAAACACAGAAGUCAAAAUUAAUCGAGUCUCCUACUGCAGCAUGCGUCUUAAUCAGAUCGUGGUUUUGGCACAUAAUACCCCAUAAUCUUUUUUUUUUUAUUCCUUCUUCUCAACAGCCUGGUUCGUCCUCUUCAUCCUUUGAUAGAAAUAAAUGUACAAUCACGAAGACAUCUCAUUAGCCUCUUGGAGUGAACUGCACAUCAGUAUUGUUUUAACCUCUAGCGUAUCAUUUUGUUGGCAUUGUUUGUAUUUACUAUAACGUUAUUGAGCAAGCCUUUUUGUUGUUUUUAAUUUGUCAAUAUCUUGUUGCCUUUUUUGUUUUGUUACCAUACUGUUUACAUUUUUGCUUCUGUCUUGCACAGGGUUGAUAAAUAACCGAAUCAUGCUCUUACCAUUAUUACCUGAGAUGUGUCUACAUUUUUUUUUUUUUUUUUGAAGUGGUUUGCAUUUUUGCAGUUCCGCACUGGAGAGGGUACUGGUAUUUUUGAGUCUGCAGCAACUCCCCACUUUGUAGUCCUAGACGCAGAAGGAACCUUCUUUUCAGAACUUGCUGUUGUGUGAAAAAGCACCAUUGUGCGCUACAACGAGAAACUGCAGUUUAUGUUAAAAAUUUUAUUGCAUCAUCUGCAAUAAGAAGGCUUUAGCUACAAUUUGAUGUCGGUGCAUCAAUAUUGCGGCAUGGCUGGAUAGGUAUGAGAUUUUUUUUUUUCCCCCUAAUGUUGCAUGAUUACAGGCAGUCUAUUAACUACAUGGAACACCUAGACAAACAUUACCGUCUCGAAAUAGAGAAUGACAUUUCUAUUCUUGGUGUCCUUUCCUCUCUCUCUCUCCCUUUUCACCCUCCUUCAUGAUAAUAUUUUCUUUUCUGUUUUUCUGUUGUUCUGCUUGUUAUGUAGCCAAUAGAACAUGAUAAGAUUCAAGUGAAAGAGAAGCAUAUCAAAGCUCUUACAUGAGGCAGUGCCGGCUGUGUUAUCUUUUGUUUACAUGCCAUGGUGUCCCACCUAGCACUUGUCUGUAAAAGAAGCACCAGAGGAGCUUCUGAUUCAUGUGCUAAUAUUGUUGCCUCGCUUUGUGAGCAUUCGGGAUCAGGACCUCGCAUAUCACAUCUAUUCAUUCUGUCUUGAAAUGUAUGAAUGAACAAGAACAUGUCACGCCCUUGCGGUAUUGGGAUUUUUUGAUAAACUUGCAUGGUGUCUAGGUGUUCAUAUUACAGCUGUUUCAUGUGCUUCAAGGACUUUUGAAUGUACAAGAGAUACUGAGUGUUAACAGUGAGUUGACAACACCCCAAUGUGGGGCAUCUGUAAAAGGUUUGUUUUUCAAUUUGUUUGUGGCUCUUGCAAAUAUGUUUAUGUUCUAGCUAUGUAAGUACAUGCAUACUUUGGUCUACAUUUUGGCAAUUUCUUUGACCUUUCUUGGCAUUGAAAUAUUUUUGCAAAGUGUGUGUCAUCUGUGCAGAUUUUUGUUUCUUAUUACUAGUGCCAUUUCCUCUCGCGCUAUAUGAAAUAGUCGUAUUUUUAGGUUUGUUAUUAACCUGGCUCUCUGUGAGUGAAAAAAUUGUUGGAACCACAUCAAAGCCAUGUACUCAGGGUCAUGUCACACAUGUAAGAUGCUUUCCAAACAAGUCUCCCAUUUUCUUUUGCCCCUUCCUUUUUUUUUCAUUGAGAUUGUUCUAAGCAUUUCUGUCUCGCAUGGAACUCUUUCUUGCUAUGGCAAGUUCACUGUCAUUCACACUGUUCCUGAUACGAAGGCGUCAUGUUCACAGGUGACUUUCCAUACUCUCCUUCUUGUGCCCAAUUUUAGUUGUGAGCAUAGGAAUUGCAUGGCUGCAUUGUUUUACAUUGUUUCUUUCAUUUAAAUCUACAUUAAGUUAGCAUUCACAUUUCCUACCACCACGCUGAUUGUGGUGCCUGCCUUGUAACGCUCUUUCGUCCAUGUAGUCUGCAUUCUUUUCAUUAGUUUUAUGGUUGUGGUUCCAGACAGUAAAUGCGCUGUUUUUAUUCGUUGUUUUCUAUUUAUAGCCAUAUUUAUUUUUGCUCGAGGGUGUUGUUUUUACGUGUGCAGUGGUAUUUCUCUCCGAUGUGAACUCUCGUGGGGGCCCCAUUGCUUGAAGAUUUUAAUGCACAGUUUUUUGCAACGUGUCACAGGAGACCAAGACAUCUCAAAGUGUGUGUGUAUAGUGUAUAUUUGCUAUAAGGUUUGAGCUCAGGGGUAAGCAUUGUUGUAGACAUUUAUACUGCCAAUCCUAUUGUAGACAAAAUGCCUUGGGAUUGCAGACAAUUUCUGCAUGCUGCAUAUUUGUGCUACGAAACUGCUUAUCUGACAUCAUUAGUAUCAAAGCUAUGAUCCACUGAAUGACACAUACAGAUGCAAAGUAUUUAUCUGAUUGUAGAGUUGCAGUGAGAUACAAAAACAGAUAUGUUCCACAAUUAGUUUAGCUUUAAGAAGUGCUUUUUACAGACCAGAGCAGUUUCUUCUCUGUGUGUACGUACUCUUUUUUACCCUCUGUUGGAGAUUGGGGGAAAUCCAGCCUGGUGUAUUCACUGUUUCAUACAGUGUCAUUCGUUGUUGAGUUAGUGAAAUUGAAAUGUCCCAUGCUGGCUCUUCUAGUGUGCUCGAUUCCCCUGUUGCGUUCAAACACCUGCAUAUAUGCUGAUGUUAUCUGCUUCUUCAUUGAGAAUUAGCUUUUGUGGAAUAAUUUCACCAUGCUUGUCACUGGAAAAUUAAAAGGCAAAUCAUACCGUCAUAGUGCUGUGCUUUAGCUUCGAAUUUGUCUUGUAGUAACACAUAGUGUUUCGGGCUUUCAGGAUUUUUAGCCAUUGGCCUAUUUACCACUGCUUGCUGCUUGAAAGGCAUUUUUGGCAUUCAUAACAAAUGUAAUGCAAGUUUCGAAGUUGCUGAAAUUUGGAAGGUGUCAACACCGUUGUAUAGAUGUCUACUUCAUUUUAUCUUCUGUAUUGUAUUUAAGUGGUCUGGUAAUGUUGCCUUUUCUUUUUUUCUUGUGCAUCCUUGGCCAAAACCCCGUGUACGCUAGCUGGUGGAGCUGCGAAAAUCCAUAACUAGAACAAAUGCUCAGCAUUUGGUCCUUCAGUUGUGCUUACUUUUGACGGUGACCACGUAUUUAAGUGAUUGCUCAUGCUGGUCCAAGACUAUGGCAGGUUGUUUUAGAAAACUAAGGAGGUAUUUGUUAAACUUUGCUGGACAGAUGUGUCUAUGGAUAUUUCGGGAAAUAAAUGGUUGUGGAAAAAUGC